CCGACGGGGGCGGAAACGCUUUUUUGUUUAGCAGUUGCUACGGUGCAGUCUUAAGAAGACAUUUAAAAAAAAAGGCAUUUUUGAAUUUGUUUUGUACUGAGGAGAUAUUUUAUGCAACAUCAGCAUUGAUGUCAUUUAGUGGACCUCCAAGCGGCGGUCGCCGCAGCAAGUGGGACCAGCCUGGGCCUGGCUCUGGUGGGAUUGGGGAUGCCGAAGCAGCACCCACUGGAGCACUGGAUGCUGCAGCUGCUGUGGCUGCCAAGAUCAAUGCCAUGUUGGUUGCAAAGGGAAAACUCAAACCAUCACAGAUAGGCACCCCAGGGCCUCCUGAGAAGGUUAUAGGUGUUGGAAAGCCUCCACCACCAUCAAAGACCAAGGAUGAUCUGGUGGUGGCUGAGGUUGAGAUUAAUGAUGUUCCAAUUACUUGUCGGAAUCUCCUGACACGAGGACAAACACAGGAUGAGAUCAGCAAACUGAGUGGCGCUGCAGUUUCAACCAGAGGGCGUUACAUGACCACAGAAGAGAAGAGCAAAGCGUUACCUGGGGACCGACCGCUGUAUCUCCAUGUCCAAGGGCAAACAAGAGAACUUGUUGACACGGCAGUUAAUAGAAUCAAGGAGAUCAUCACUAACGGCGUAGUGAAGGCUGCUACUGCCUCAUCAUCUUCAGUCUUCUGUCCGAGUGGGGCAUCAGUCACAAUUUACCAACAGCAUAAUCCACCUCCACCCUCGCUGCCACCCAUCACGCAUCACAAGCCACACUUUCAGUCUGGGAUGCACUAUGUUCAAGAUAAGCUCUUUGUUGGACUGGAGCAUGCCGUGCCAGGGUUUGUGGUCAAGGAGCGAGUUGAGGGUCCGGGUUGUUCCUACUUGCAACACAUCCAGGCUGAGACUGGGGCCAAAGUGUUCCUCAGAGGAAAAGGAUCCGGAUGUUUAGAACCAGCUUCUGGGCGAGAAGCCUUUGAACCCAUGUACAUAUACAUCAAUCAUCCUAAGCCGGAGGGACUUGCAGCAGCUAAAACGUUGUGUGAGAACCUGCUUCAGACAGUACAUGCAGAAUAUUCUCGGUUCCUUGGUCAAAUGAGCACCAUAAUGCCAACACAAGGAUUUACGCAGCCUCUGGUGGUAAACGGGAUGCCCCCGCAGCCUCCUUAUUACCCUCCUGCAGGAUUCCAGCCAGGCUACCCAAUGCCUGUACCUCCACCUCAGCCCCAGCCUGUUCCUACUCCUUACACUGUCCCACCUCCUGUACCUCCUGCAGCACCCACAGGUGGACAAUCGCAGUACCCCCUCACUCACGCCCCUGCUCCUGGCACUAUGUCGCAGAACCUUCCUCCUGUUCCCUUUCCUCCAUCUACUGCAGCACCAUCUAAAGCUCCACCCUCUGGUGCCCCAGCCAACCUCCCACAGAAAAGACGCUUCACAGAGGAGGUGCCUGACGAGAGGGACAGUGGCCUGCUGGGAUACCAGCAUGGACCCAUUCAUAUGACUAAUUUAGGUGCAGGCUUCUCAGUGGACAAUCCGGAGGCGACAGGUCCCCCACCAUCAAGUUCCUCUAACCCGCCGAGUGAGAGGAACAGGCAGCUAAUGCCGCCACCAUCCUUACCUGUGAAUGGCGUGAGACCGAAGUUGGAGGAGAGAAGGGUGCCACAAGGGCCUUUGGAGCCCGCGUUGAAGAGAAUGAAAACGGGAUUAGUGGCAUACAGCGGUGAUUCCUCUGAUGAAGAGGAGGACCACUCGACCUUCAAAACCUCAGGACCAGGUAACCCUGGUGCGGUUCUCCCCACCUCCUCAGGCUGGACUCAGGGCUACCGCUGCCCUCCCCCGCCUCCCCCUCGUGCUAAAACACAGCCGCAGCAGCAGUCCAUGCCAUUCUGGAUGGCACCCUAAAGUGUCAUGGACUCACUCAUUCAUUUAUCACACAGGCUGCUGAUUCAGAAGUGGCAUCAUGUCAUAAUCCUUUGAGCACCAGCAGCCAUUCUCUUGUUUCAGGGAAGAGACCCCUUAGUGUCCCUGUUUCAGUGCACAUGCUAUAGUUUGAAGAUGAACAUUUGAAAGACUGAUCCUCCAAACUAUUAUGUACCUGUCAUUGAAGGAGUAAUACUCUUCCCCCUUUUGAUUUGGAAUGGAACGACCAGUCAUAUGAAGUGCUGGGAUCAAGUGUCUGUGUAAAAAUGUGGAGCCACUGUUGUGCAUCCUUGUUCAUGUCUUCAUUUUGUCCUCAGCACAGCUUUUCCUGCUGCAUUCUUUGCCAUUCUCAUCUUUUGUACAUAUCACAUCAGAAUACAAUGUAGUACGGCUGUUGAGUUUAUUUCAGUGUUUUAUGAAAUAAAUAAACCUAAUUUAUUGUUGGUUGAA